CAGGGCGAAAUUCGUAAACAUGCGGUUGUAGCAGGAACAAAACAAACAAAACAGCAACAGUAACAGCAAAAGCAGCAUGAUCGGCCGGAAAAUUCUCCCUUCAAUUUCAUCAUGUUCCUCCGAAUGGGGACAACAUGGAAAUGAGUGGUGGGCAGCUGUUGAAUUUGAAAUCGUUCCAGGCGACCAUUUGUGGGAGAGCACAACUGGACAUGCCUUGUCUUUAUCUUUGAUUGCUUCGAAUGAGCCAUAAAACGUUUGUUGUUGUUGUUGACUUUUGAACUUUCUUUCUCGAUCGCCAUGACAAUUCCUUGUUUCCCGUUAUUGCUAUGACAAUCAUGCGCGCACUGCAUAUACGCUUUGGAAGAACCGGAUCCAUGUGUCAUUGGUGAUGUUGAGCACUCGCUAGUAGUGCUACCUCAAUUGUUUACGUUCAGGCUGUUGAUUCAAGUGAUGAGAUGUAACCGUUCAUAUUGUUUACAUCUGUUGAGCGAUGGCAUCCACAAUGGACUUCUAAAAUGACUUAAGCGACGCCGCGGACGGGGGUUGCAAAUCCCAAGACAAAUUCAACGAAUUUCACCUGUACCAUGAUAACCUCAUACAUUCGACAGAGAACACACCCAUAUGUAGUAUAAUGUGAUGAGCUCAAUUAGACGCAAUUCAUUAAGGGAUUAAGCGUUGGGUAAUAAUGAAACAUGCGCACAUGGAAU